AUCAUCACCGUCUUCUGAAAAUAAACAAAGUAAGAAUAGAACGAGCAAAGUGUUUUGAAGUUCGAAAGUCGACAAAACCAACCUCACUUGAUUCUUCGAUUUCAGUUUCGGUUUCUUAGGAUUUAAAACCGCAAAGACAAAACAAGCUUUCUGAUUUAAAGUAAUCCAAAGUUUUUUCCUUUUUUAAUUUUUCCUUCCUCGUUAGGGUUCUUCUCAAUUUCGCCGAUAAAAUCGUGAAAAAAAUACCAAAAAAAAAAGUUCGAAGAAGAAGAAGAAGACGAAGAUAGUCUUCGAAGUUUAAAGGAGCCACACAAGCCAGGAAAGAAGUCAGUGGAACAGUGUUCUCAAAAAAGAUGAACAGGGGUAGUAGCAAUUCAGAAGGUGCCAAAGCAGAGCAGAUCAUAUUCGAGUUCUUCGCCAAAAGCCUCCACAUCAUCCUCGAGUCAAGAACCCCUUUCAUGUCAUCAAGAAACUUCAGCGGCGACCAGAUGAUCUCUUCCCCUUGCUCAUCCUCUUCAUCCUCCUCCAGCGUCAGGCCACGCGACAAAUGGUUCAACCUAGCUCUCAGGGAAUGCCCUGCGGCUUUAGAGAGUUUCGAUAUCGGUCGCAGGAGCAGCCUCGAGCCUCUGGUCGUCGACGUGGUUCUCGUGGCGAGACAGUUUGAUCAUCAAGACGAGUUAGGGUGUGAGCAGGUGAUAGAGAGGUGGUUGGUGCAGUAUGAUAACAGACAGGUUAGGGAAGCUAGCAGCAGCAGGAGGUCAAGUAGUAGUAGUAGUAGUAACAGUAAGCUGCAAGUGAUGUAUAAGAAAGCUACUUUGCUGCUGAGAUCGCUCUUUGUGAUGGUUAGGCUCUUACCUGCUUACAAGAUCUUCAGGGAGCUCAACUCGUCUGGACAGAUCUGUAAGUUUAAGCUCGUGCCUAAGGUUCCAACCAUAGUAGAGCCGUUCACUCGUAGAGAAGAGGCAGAGAUGCAGAGGUUCGCUUUUACUCCGGUUGAUACCAUCUGCGGGAGGCUUUGUAUGUCUGUGUUGUAUCGGUCUUUAUCUGACGUCAGCUGCCAACAGUCAGCUCCUGUGUCUCCGACGUUUAUAACGGAUUACGUUGGUAGUCCUUUGGCUGAUCCGUUGAAGAGGUUCCCUUCUUUGCCUCUCUCGUACGGUUCGCCUCCGUUGCUGUCUUUCCAGAGGCGGCACAGCUGGAGUUUCGAUCGUUGCAAGGCCUCUCCUCCUCCGCCUUCGGUUUCUUGCUCGCCUUCGCCUACACGGUCGGAUUCACAAGCGUUGAUUCGUCGCCUUCCUCCUCAUCCUUCUCGAGAGUUCUCCCCUCCUUGCUCUCCUUCAGGACCUGUCUCUAGAGGCAUCACGCGUACUGAGAGUGCUCCCGUUAGAAUCCCUGCUCCUAGUUUUGAGUCCAAACAGAACUUGGUGGCGCCUUCUCCUCGUUUGAAAUUGUUGAGACAAGCUUCUUUGAAGCCUGUGAGAAACAAUGGUGGUGCUGUUGAAUCUGGAGCAGGAUUGGACAAGCUGUUUCUUUAUGGGAGAGAAGACUUUAGGAGGAACUCUGGUGUGAGGCUAUCUACCAACAGCUCGCCGAGGAUAUCGUUUUCUCGAAGUUCGAGUAGAUCAUACCAAGAUGAUUUUGAUGAUACUGACUUCCCUUGCCCCUUUGAUGUUGAGUAUGAUGAGAUUACUGAUCCUAGUAGCAGAGCAGGAUCGUUCGACCAGAGAGGGGACAUACAUGACCCACCACUAGAGUCAAGCGGCUCCUACCCAAAGAAGUCACAAGAUGCUGCAGUUGGUGCUCUUGUGAAUAUGCUGAAGAAAGCUCCGCCUCUCAGACAAGACGUCUCCGGAUCUUCCGUACCUGAAAUUUAUUGGAACAACAACAACAACAAACCUACUACAGGGGCUCAUCACAACAAGAUAGCAACGUCAUCAUCAAUGACAGCAUCAGGGAUUGCUCUAGCUGCAAAGACAACAGCUGAUGCGUUGGAAGAGUUGAGGUCGUACAAGGAAAUGAAGAAUGUGCUGCUUAGCCAAUCCACAAUGGCUUCUUCUUCUACUUCACCCUUUGCUGUUUCAGAAUCUUGAAACCUUUUUUGGGGGGGGGUUUCGGUUUGGUUUGUGGUUUGUUUUUUUUUGGUUUUUGCAUAAUGCGCCCUAUGUAUAAUAAUAUAUGCUCUCGAAGUUUGAUAUUUGUCGGUAUCCAUGUAAAUAAACUUGUACCGUGUUAGUAAA